UUCGUUACGGUAGUGCAGCAAAACCGCGCUUGUUCCUCGCCCGGUCGAUCUCAUUCACAAACUCCGGCAGUGUGGCUCCACUCCUGUGGGGGAGUGUAUCCUGUAGUCUGCUUGUGGCUUUGGAAGAGGCACUAUCAAGUUACGCAUGAUAGCGUAGGAUUUUAGGCAGUGAUAGACAAACCGAGGGGGUCGAAAACCACAUUGUAAUAGAAGGUUACGAAGGCGUUAAAAAGCAGGAAGUUUGGAAACUGCCUGCUCUUUGCGAUAAGUCCGUAAGGAUACAAAACCGUGCACUAGGGAUCAAAACGAUGGCCAGCGUUGGUGGGACGUGCGUGAUCGAUGAAACCAAAAACUUUUCGAGUGGCAAAUGUGAAUGAGUUAUGGAGUGUGAUGAAGAGUUUCUGAUAGUUGGUGGCAGUGCAGUGAUUUACAAUCCAUCAUUCUCGAAUUGCGUUUCGUAUUGCGAAAAAAAAUUGAUUGCUGGAUUAACAAGGCUUGAGGGGCAAUUGGAGGCCCACGAUUAUUCAAGUUCUUCCUAUUUGUGGAUAGUGAAUAGCUAGAGUGUGGUAUGGCGAAUUGAAAUUUCGAACCAAUGCAGUUGGAUGCGUUUGUGAGCCAUACUAGAAUUAGAUUUACUGCAGAAAUCAUGGUUGAAAGUUAUGGAAAUUUUUCAUCAGUGCAAAACAAUGUGCGUUAACUGAUAUAAGUGUGGAACUUGCAUAGAGUCCACAGAAGAUAAAUCAUCAUUUUCGAAAAAAAAUAUGGAUCGGAAAUAUUAUUUCCAAAUUUGAGUAGUAUCAAGUAGUGUACCAAAUGGAGAAUAUAGUGAAGUUAUUAGUGAAUAGACGGAAACAAAUUCGUAGCUAUUGUAUCGGCGUAGAAACAAAUAGAUGAAAGUUGGAAGUCUUCACUUACUUAUCAAUUUGUGCAAUAUAAGUGAUUUCCAUGAGAAAUAUAAUACGUGUAAUGCUAAGAGAAUUUCUUUCGAGUGAAAAGAAGAAUUAGUGAAUAUCAUAAAAAAAGGUUGACGAAGGGUAAAAAUGGGUCAAUCCUAGAGCAUCGCUAUUGAAGAAAUCAACAAUUUCACCUAGUUAUCGGGUCAGGAAUGAAGAUAUUGUCAGUGCCCGUUUUUAUCGCAUUGGUUUGAUUUAGUGUAUUGUGCCUAGAUAUAGACAUCAUCACCCCUUUUAUAUUAGCCAGAAGCUGUUAAUCGUCAUUAGUGGGAUUGGAGUAAAUAACAGAAGAUCGUCGAAAAAGAUUAAUCCUGUUACCAUGGUCGGCAAUGUAGCCGGCUGCAGUGAGUGAUACUUUGCAACUCCGAGAUCUGAAGCAAACAAAUCCAGCAGAUAUUUCAUCGUGAGCACGAAGCGACGGAAGAUUAGUGAGUGUAUAGUAAAUUAAUUGGGCUUUUAUUCCAUUGAAGAAAAAAGCAAAAGAGAAAGUGAAAAGUGGCGUAAUAUAAAAUAAUAUUUUUGUUUUUGGGAAGAGCCAGCUGGGAAGUGUCUGAGUAAGUUCGAGCGGCGACAACGGUCGGGGUGUGAACCCGUCGCUAGUGAAGAAGAAGUUUUGUCCGAGAGUGCACACAACGUGUGCCUUAACCAACGGUCAACAAUGAAACUCAGUGUCAGUGCCUAUCGAGCCCAUGCAUCUGCACACAAGAAAAUCCUUUCCAGUAGCUCCUAUCAGACGCAAUUCAACUACGGAAGCACGGCGGCUGCCUCCUGCUCGACACCGACGUCGGCGACUCUAUUUCCAGUUUGACAUUGAGUUCUUGCUAACUGUGUUUUCUGUCACCGGCAACCAGCUGAAACUGGUUCUGCUCCUCGUACUAGAUCCCCAGAUCUUCUCGCUUCCAGCAACAGCCCCGUUGACGAUGGACCCUGCCAACCCGAACUCUGGCCUCAUAUCAGCAUGUUCGACUAUCGCCAGCAGCAGCCACGCUUCCAGCACGGUCAUCGCAGCAAUCACGUGUGGUGGUCCUUCCUCGGCGCCUUCCACGCUACUCAGCCCAACCCUACUGUCGCCGGAUACCAACACUGGAACGGCUUCGAUUGCCACGUCCAGAGAUGACGAGGACGAUUCCAGCAAUCAGGUUUCGUCCGCUGGCAGCAAAAGUUCCGGCCAGCGGACCAAAUCGAACCAGCGAUGGAUGAAACUCCGGACGACAGUGCAGAUAUCGUCAGCUAUGGCGAAGAAGCCACCACUCAAACGAGAGGACUCAUUUCUGAAGCGUUUCUCCACCCGUCAGAUACCGGAAACACAGGAAACGGUCGAAGAUACCGGAUCGGAGAGCGCCAACGAUGCGGACAGAACAAUGCGGCGACGUCGGCGUCUCAAAAUCCCCAAAACUGUGGUGAAUCCAGAUGAAAAUUUUUAUUUCUACUGGUUGAUGACAGUGACGAUUGGUAUUCUCUAUAAUAUGUGGACGUUGAUCGUUCGCCAGAGCUUCCCGGAGCUGCAGGAGAAGGUCUACAAAUUUUGGUUUAGCUGUGAUUGUAUUACCGACGUUGUUUUUAUAGUAGAUGUAGUUGUACAGCUGCGAACAGGCUAUCUCGAACAGGGACUAAUGGUGUACGACUCGAGGAAAUUGGCAGGCCAUUAUCUUCACUCGAGUGAAUUUUUAUUAGAUCUAGCGACUUUGGUACCUUUAGAUAUUCUACAAAUACGCCUUGGUUCGCAGCCUCUGCUGCGAUUUCCUCGAUUUUUCAAGGUUUAUCGUGCAAUAAAGUAUUACUACAUAGUAGAGAGCAGGACGGUGUGGCCCAAUCUGUGGCGAGUCGUAAAUCUUAUUCACAUCCUACUCAUACUUGCCCACUGGUUCGGUUGUUUCUAUUUUCUGCUUUCCGAGGCGGAAGGAUUUCAGGGAGACUGGGUAUAUCCAUAUCGGCCGGGGGACUAUGCAACGCUCACUAGGAAGUACCUUGGCAGUCUCUAUUGGUCAACGCUCACACUGACAACUAUCGGAGAUUUGCCCACACCUGAAACGAACGCUGAACCGUCCCAGUCGGUGGAUGGCCCUAGAUCUAUUCCUCGGCGUGGACUCAAAUCACGACUCCUGCAAUUUAACUCAAGCCGCGGAUACGUGUUCACCAUUGUAAGCUACCUGAUCGGAGUGUUCAUCUUCGCCACCAUUGUCGGCCAAGUGGGAAAUGUGAUAACAAACCGAAACGCGAACCGGUUGGAGUUUGAACGGCUGCUGGACGGCGCAAAAACUUACAUGCGACAUCACAAGGUUCCCGGAGGGAUGAAGCGACGAGUGCUGCGGUGGUACGAUUACAGCUGGUCCCGAGGCCGGAUACAGGGCGGUGGUGAUAUCAACACUGCGCUGGGUCUUCUGCCAGACAAAUUGAAGACUGAAUUGGCGCUUCACGUCAACUUGAGCGUGCUGAAGAAGGUUACCAUCUUUCAGGAGUGUCAGCCGGAGUUUCUUCACGAUUUGGUGCUCAAAAUGAAGGCCUACAUAUUUACGCCGGGCGAUUCGAUAUGUCGAAAAGGUGAGGUGGCGCGGGAGAUGUUCAUUAUCGCCGAUGGUAUCUUGGAAGUUUUGAGUGAAACCGGUAAGGUGCUGACCACGAUGAAGGCUGGCGAUUUUUUCGGAGAGAUUGGGAUCCUGAAUCUGGAUGGGUUGAACAAGCGAACGGCCGAUGUACGUUCGGUCGGAUACUCGGAGUUGUUUUCACUAUCUCGCGAGGAUGUCCUCACGGCGAUGAAGGAUUAUCCAGAUGCACAAGAGAUUCUACACACGCUGGGACGCAAAAGACUGAUGGAGGUGCGCUGCAUCAAUAAAAAACACGCAAAUAAGCAUGCCGCGAAGGAACACGGCGGUGAUCAUAGCUCAAAUGCAAACAAUAACAACAAUACCCAAGGUGAUAGUAGUGAUAAUAGUGCCUCAAAACGUAUCGUAGAUAAGUUAAAAAGUGAUGUUAAGGGAUUGAAGAACGCGCUGCGUAAACCCAGAACGGGAACAACUAGAUGUAGUAACGAGUCGAUCGAGAUGCAACCUUUACAGGGUAACACCAGUGCCAGUAGCGGUGGGAGUGGUAGCAAAACACCCAAAAGUUUGCUCCGACGAAUGCCGCGAGUCAAAUCGGAUGAUAUACAUACGGAAGACGAAGGCAAGGACACUGACAAAGUUUCGAGUCCGAUCGGCGCCGGGCUUCCGCUGUUACAUCGGCUGCGGCUGUUGAAGGAAAAACAAGAUCGCGAAGAGCGCGCCGCUAAAGCGAUCGCAGGCCAAGCCAUCACAGCCAGCACCACCACCGCACAAAUAAUCACACCGCCGCAUACUCACGUAACCUCUGCCAUAUCACCACAGGAAUCGAUACAGGAAGAGCCCGAACCGGAGGUGAUCGGGGCUGGGCUCCCGUUGUUCCAACGGCUACGGCUGCUCAAGGCCAAAGAGGAGCGCCAGGCCAAGGAAGCUCAAGCGAAGCUUCAGGUAACAUCAAAUCAAACGUCUAGUUCGCCUUCUCUAAUUCAGAGUCUCAGCCCAACGUCGCCAACCCAGCUAAAAGCACCACCUAGCCCAAUUUUGAGCACUUCCGGUGCGGCUAGUCAUCAUCAUGGCAGACAUUCGAUGCGAGUGUCGUUCAAGGAUCGCAUCAAAAGUAUGCAGCGACAGGAAUCUAAAGCCGAGUCCAGGAAAGUAUCCAUCCCGGCAGGAGCGGACAUGAGCCAACGUUUGCUAAUGGGUGGCUCAAUGAAGACCAGCAAGCCUUCCGCAGCGCAAUCACUCAAGGAAAGAAUUCGAUCAUUUGGGCAUUUGCAGCGAUCCGAUGAUCAGCUCAAACCAUGGUCCAAGCUAAAGCUGGCUACCGUUAUUAGCGUUGGAGGAAGCUACACUAGUUUGAACAAUAGCCUAAACGAAGAUUCACCGAUACUCGAACAAACGAAAAAAAGUCGUCUCAAGACAUCGAUUCCAGCGGAUUUGAAUCUCAACUCGCUGGUUUCCAUCACUCCCCCUCCAAUCUCGUCCGCUCCACCGAUGACAGUAGCCAGCGGGUCGAUGUUCCAACCACCGAGUAAAGUGUUCAGCGGUAGUACGACGGUCGAGAAGACCUGUGUCAGUGAUAGUGAAGUUGUGACUACGAAAGAUCCUCCCCCUCCCCCAGCUCGGGUUCGAUUGAAACCAAAACCGAUCACAAUUACCAACGAACCUAAGGGCUACAAAAGCUAUAUGUCUAUCGAUGACCUCUCGCCUGAAUAUAGCGGCCUUCCGUUCGUCAAACGCUUAAAAAUACUUAACGAACGCCAGAAGCUAGCCGAGCUUGAAUCGGCAAUGCAAACCCGUAGCCUUAGUCUAGAUUGUACGGAUUCCAACAGUAGCAACGCUGGUUAUCAACCGACCGAACAGUUAUCACGCAGCAAGAGCGAAACUUCGGGAAUAGCAUCUACCCGGCCGAAGAGUGCCUCAACUGCAACUAAUCACAAACGCACCUCCAUUUGUGGCAGCAUACCCCUUAGUCCAGAAUCGAACGAAACCCCAGAGAGAAGGCAACUGAAAAGUAUACUCAAGAAACUCUCCGAAGACAAACUAGCCCUCGAUCAGCGGCAGGGUUUACAGAAUCGGGACAUGAAGAAGCUGAUGAGAGCCCAAACGGUGGAAGGGUACGUUGCUAGACACAGCAAGUUUGCAAAGAGCGUUACCUUCAAUAGAAACACACUUUCUAGCCCCCCAAGCAGUGCUAAUUUUUGUGAAUCUAUUGAAGAACGCACUCUUUUUCCCAUCCCUAGCGCACAAAAGACCACCACAGUGACUACUGCUGAGAACACUUCGGCCAGUGAGGACAACUCGCUUGACACUGUAGCAGAGAAUACCAAAUUCUCCCCGACAAAAGUCUCUCUUACACCAUCGGUUACCCGACAUACCAUGGCCGGGGACGAAAACAAUCACGCGAUAGUUAUUAGCAACAAUGGAUAUUACGAUCCAAACGAUCCCAUUUUCUACGCCAACGGGAAUAACCAGCUGUCGAUAGACGAUUCGCCUUCAAAGGGUUCCCUAUCGGCAUUUGGCACCCAACGGAAAAUCAUUAAGGGUUCGCUGGAAGAGCACGAGUUUUUUGGUGAAGUGCUGUUGGGCAUCAAGCAAGUAAUCCAGACCCACAUGAAAGAGAUUCAGGUUAAGUUCCAGGACAAGUUCUUCAAUUUAGAGUUAGAGGUUAAAAAGCGAGACGAUAUCAUAUCAAAGCUCCAAAAUCGAAUCCAAGAACUCGAGCAGGACCAGCCGCAGGAUAUGACGAUGCCACCGAAUGCGGACGAUGCAGAGCAUCCAGCAGAGAUGCAGCAAACAACACUACACCACCAGCGGACUUCCUCCGGCAGUGGUACAUCCCGAUCUUCCGACGAGCUUCCGUUUAUGCGCGGAGACUCGCUAGACACCAUUUUUGCUUCCUCUCCACACUCCGAUUCGGACGCACCGCGAACGCAGAAAGUUCGCAACCGCAAACCCCGUAGCUCUCCACGUCAUCGAACGCUACGAAAUCGACGACCCAUCUGGGACGGGAGUACCGAUCAGGAGAGCUUCGAUCGGAGAGAUUCGCCACCUGCGUCCGCGUCGGUGCUGUCAUCCAACACCCGACACGCUCCACCCGUUCCACCGCGACGCAUGUCUUCCACUGCUGUUAGUGGGGAGAGGAUGCGUAGUCCCUACCGAGACAUUGUGAUAUCCGAACUAACCGGGAACAUCAUCUCGGACAGUGUGGUCGUCAACAUCGAGAACAGCUCUAAUUCCGAGCAUUCACAUUCAGAGAAUGACAAUAACUACGAUGAAGAUGAUGGUGAGCAAGAGGAGGAGGAAGAGAACGUUGGGGAGUGCCAGGAAGUGGAAGAAGAAGACGAGGAGGAAGAGGGAGACGAAGAAGAAGACGAGGUUGGUCUUGGAAGCGAAUCGGGGAAAUUGGUGCGGAAUCUGGGUAGCCGCAGUAGUGAGGAUGACUUUGACGAGGACUUCGAUGACGAGGACGAUGAUAGCGAGCAAAUGAAUCACAAUGACUGGGAGGUUAGGAUGCUAGCGGCCGAAUUACAAAAGCGAGAUAACGUGAGUACGGACUUGCCGAGCGAUCUCGAUGAGAACGAUGGUCUGCUGCGAAGGCGACGGAAACGAAGCGAUACCGAUACAGACGGAAGCGGAGCGGAGUCGCAAGCGCUGAGGAGACCCCGUGCAGCUAGCCUAGAUCAGUUCAACUUGCGACGGGGAGCCAGCCUCAAUUUGAGCAAACACCGGGCGUCUGUCUACAAAGCAAUGAGCUUCGAUCGGGACAAAGAUCGUCUCUGAGAAUUAAGGCUCAGAUGUGAUGUGUGCACGUUCACCAGCGUCACCAAAGUGAUCAUCAUCGAGUGGAACGAUCAAUAGGUAGCGUGAGUGAGAUAGUAGAAUGUAGCGGAAACAAAUGUGAGAAAAAAAACGCACGACAAUGGGAGACACUACCUAAAUUAGUUGAAGUAAACCAUCUAGAGGUUUGACUAGUUCAACACUUGGGCUUAUCUUAGAAGUCUAUGACAAAUUUAGGGAAUAGCCAGCUAGAAUAAAUUUGUUACGAGGAUGAACGAGACAUGUAAAAACAGUUUUACAUGUAUUCCAAACAUAAAAACUGAACAUUAUCGAUUGCGUUGCUAUAAACUUAAAUUAUUUUUAUAUUUUCGUAAUAAAUGACUAUAAGCCUGUUGAAUAGUUCCAACUGAAAAAAAAAUACAUUUUAAACGGAAAUAUUUAAAUGUAUAAGAGAAUGAUGAUAAAUGAAUGAUGGUAAAAAGUGAUGAAGAAACUAACUAAAUUUUAAAGUGAACAUAGUGAAGCGUUUUAUCCCGUCCGAAUAACAUUUAUUUAUACUCAGUGAUAUAGUAUACCACGAUUUGAAUUUGGUUUGGAUAGAUUGAUUUUCGUUCUAUAAAUAUUUAGAAAACUUCAUUUAGGUAAUUUUGAUUUAAUCAUAAUUCAUUGGAACAAUGUCAAAUUUAGCCAUUUUUGUGCUCUCAUUAUUUUUACUAUAACCAAGUACAUAAGCUGGUGUAACAUGUGUAUCUUCGUUAUUUUUCCAAGAUUGAAAACUUUAUCGUAACCUUUUUUGAUCAGACAGCCUGAUUUCAAGUUCCGACUUUUCGAAAAAAAGGCAAUGUUGUUGAAUACGCUCUCUUCAAACUUUAGUGGUGAUUAAAAAUGAUCAUGUAAUAUUGUUUUAUUUUUUGGGUAGCUGCCACCGUAUGUGCAAAGUUUCAAAAAACGGAAAACGACCAGUUGAUUUAGCGGGAAUUGAUCUAUGUCUUAUUUUAUUUAUUUCUAGCGACACUACAGCAAAAGUUCAUUUGAACCGUUCUUUUGGGCACAUUUUACUAUUUCUUAGGGUUGUCCGGUUUUCCAGUUGUCGAGCACAGAACGAUCACUUAUUUCAAUGUAUCAUCUAACAAUCUAAAAUUUGUUUUUUUGUGUACAUUGUUUCGCAGAAAUCAAGCACCAAAAAAUGAUUUCCUGUGUGUUUGUAAUUGUUCCAUUGAUUGAUUGAUUAGCUGUACUAUUUUCAUCGGAAUUGAUAGACUACUCUGCCCUAAAUCACAUCUAUAUCUGAGAGAAAUGUUGCACAAAGUGAACCGUAGUUUCAUUUACAUCCAAUGUGAUUUGAAAUCACCAAAUAUUGUUAGUUUUAUAACAAAGUCUAAUGCGUAAAAAUACUAAACGAGUUGUAUAACAUGAGUAGAAUUAUCAUGAUUCUAAGACGAACCACAAAUAUAUUGAAUUUGCAAAACAAACAACUAGACCAUAGAACACUAAGUGAACUAACGAUAUUUCAAUACAAGGAUACCUAGCUCUAAGACUGUUGACGGAAGAAACAACAAUAAACCUACGCUGAAAAAAAUUUAGAAGGGUGAACGACCAAACUUUCCCAACUAAAUAGAAUAGUUCAAAGUGAAAUUAAUCAGAUCCAAAUACCAAUGGAAGCGCUGCAAAGAAGACAACUACAAGUGUGAAAAUCCAAAGCCGUUCAAUGGUUACUACGUUAUUUUUUAUAAGAAUGUUGCGAUUGAAGGUAGUAGACUACAUCAAGCUAAACAAACUGAUAUAAAUAUCACAACUCUAGGUAUUUUGUUGACCGAGCGUAAUAAGCCGUAAUAAGCGUAAUAAACAAUGCAUUUGGUAUAUUAUUGUAUUAAGAAUAUUUAGUUAUAUAACCCUUCAGUUUAAGUUUAUCAGUACAUUUGUCAAACUCAAGCUAUAAUCCUUCAAACAAUGUGAUAGAGUUGAUAAUCUCUCUCACUAUUUGCAUAGCACCAUGAUAAAUCAUUGGAUGAAUUUCCAAAACAAAUAUUUUCCAGAAAAUUGCAACUCUGAAGUUUGGCCAGAAUAAAAAUCAUAUUUAAAGUAGAAGCCAUUAGACGAACCGUUCAUCACUCGAGUUGAAAUUCAUGCAAUAUCACAACAAAUUAGAAACGAUUAGUGCUAUAAAGAGACAUAUAUGAUCGGACACUGAUGAGAUUUUACAGACAUUCGAACAACACGAAAUUUACAGCGACAGAAGACUCGAUAAAUUAACAGCGACAGACGAUUUUUUUCUUCAAAUAAUCAAUUAUUCCUAAUCUUCAUGAUAUAAUGAGGAUAGAUGAACCAAAACAGGCAUACGAGAAAAAAUCAUUGUAGAGAAAAGUUUGAGUAGAACAAAAAUCAAUUAUUUUUUUUUUUUUCAUUAUUAAAGUUCUAUAUAGGGACAACUGAAUAAAUUAUAUUCAUA